AUGGUUCCAGUAAAAGUCGAUGAAUGCAUUCACACGAACUCUCCGGGGAAUCACUAUAUCAUUGGAUCAAUUCCCACCAAGAAUCCAAACAUAUUGGUUGAAUGCUGUGGCUCAGGUUCCGGAUUUAAAAUUGCUCCUAGAAUCGGAAAAUCUCUUGCUCAGAUGGUUGCUGGGAAGAAGACCGCCGUCGAUGUCUCAUUCUUCUCCGCCGAUCGAUUCAAACCAUUCAAAAUCUGA